AUGAAUAGCCCAUUCGAGAGCUUUGUAAAUACUAUUUAUGAUAAAAGAAAAGAUGCAAAGAGAACGGGUAAUGAUGCUAUGGCUUAUGUUUACAAGAUACUCAUGAACUCACUAUACGGUAGAUUUGGUAUAAAUCCUAAAUGCACGAUCACUGAGGUCUGCGAUCUUGAUCGAUAUAACCUAUUGACAAAGAUAAGUGAUUACAUCUUUGCGGACAAGCUUAGCGAACAUUACUAUAUCGUCACUUACUGGAGCAAUACCGGACAGGUCUCCGACUCUGACUGGUGUCCUCCAAGGAUAUCAGCUGUUCAAUUGGCUGCAGCUGUCACAGCAUGUGCUCGGAUUCAUAUGUAUCCCUACAUUUCCAGACCAGACUCUUACUACACUGAUACUGACUCAGUCGUUCUUGGUAGUCCUCUUCCUGAAGAAGAUGUAUCAUCAACUGAAUUGGGGAAGUUUAAGUUAGAAUACUAUGCUCUUGAAGAGAGAAUGGAAGAUACUCUCAAUAGGACAAGCACCCAAUACCUCGUCGAGUCCAAAGCUCCAGCUCAAGCAGUUCAGUCCAAAAAAGAGAUGUCUGCCUUCGUUCUCGCUCAAGCUAAAGCUCAGUCUGCUAACUCAAGUCGCAAGUCAAGUAGUGGAGAUCCCGUGACAGACAGAAAGAAGAGUUAG